AGGAUACUGGAGUGGAAAAAGGGGAGGUUACAGCUUAGAGACUUUUCCAGGGAAUUCAUACUUCUCCAAAAUCAGACCAUGAGUGUAGUCAACAUUUGACAGGCUGAGAAAACAACGGUACAAAGACAGAGGACCAGAGCAAACCCUUUUUCUUCUACCCUGGACUCUUUUGCAGCAGGAUCAAGACUGCGAGGGGAAAUACAGGAUCACUUCUCUACAGUUUUCCUGUUCUGCUUUCUUCUGGGACUGAGUUUGGAGAGUGCUGCAGGAAAAGGACUCUUACCACCACUGGUGGAUUAUUUCCCUGACGCGUCUAAUGUUGGAAUUCAGCCCAAGGCUAUAGGAUUGAGUGCUGCAUUACUGGAAGUAGGGUAGACGUCAGGAAGGGGGCAGUUAGGAAGUAAGGCAAGUCUCCUCCCCACCAGCUCAGAAAAAACACCAUUCCCUGCCUUGGAAAUACAGAUAGGGACCAUAGCUGAGAGACAGAGAGCCUCAGUCACCAACGAUCUCACCUGGACGAUGUCAUCAGCAGUUACAACCACAUCAGGUGGCCUGGUGGUGGUCACCCAGGUGUACCCGUCUAAUCAACCCCAACCCCAGGAAGUGCCGCAGGCGGGUCCGGGGACGCAGAGGUUCAUCCAGGCAUACCCACUGGCUGUUGGGACGGUUCAGAUCAUGAUCGGCGCCUUGGUCCUCUUGUUCGGUAUUGUCAAGGCGAUUCAGGGGAUUUCUCUUGGAGUGGUCAGUGGCUUCUUUGUUUGGGGUGCCGGCUUUUACAUCACCUCUGGCGCACUCACAGUGGCUGCUGGGAAAUCUCUUAGACCCUGUCUGGUCAACACUGCUUUGGGUCUCAACGUGGUUUCCUCCAUAGCAGCAUUCAUCGCCAUCGUCCUGUACAGUUUUGAUAUUGCAGGAGUGCUCGGUCACUGCAGGGGAUAUGACUGCACGAUUCUGGGGCAGGGUUCUGUAGUGGUCCUGUUGGUGUUCCAUAUCUUGGAGUUUGCUGUUUCCCUCACCGUCUCUAUCUUUGCCUGUAGAGCUACCUGUAACUGCUGUGGCAACCAGCAACAUCCAUAUGUCUACUACACGCCUGCCCAGGCUCCACCACAUACUGGACCUGCCACCACGGCUGUACCACCACAACAGAUUUCCAGCUUCCCAAAACCCAUAGAGAACCAGGACCAGAUUUUCCCUGGACUCAAUGAACCUCCGGCCUACACUGGCUGAAGAAUAGACCUGCUUUAAAAUAAAAUCACAUGAUGACAACAUGCAAUGAACAUGUGAAUAACAUGAUAAUUACAUGAGACAAAUAUAUUAACCCUUAGAGCUCACGCUGCACAAAUCCGUGCUGCAGGCACACCCUUUUGUAAAUUGCUUGGUAACUUUUUAAGCGUAAGUCGUAGACUCUUUGUUUUCCUCUGAAAGCUGACCAUUUUUUUGUUCGUUCGCUACCAUCGAUGUCUCCGUACCCCUAAAGGGCGCCGCUGUAGCGAGUCCGGGACUUCGGUGACUUUUUGGGGUCUUUGGAGAUUAAAUCCACAUCUGAUAAAAAGCAUCUUCUUAUCCAUUUUUAAUCCAUAUUGUAAUGAAGUUCCAUUAUAAUCUACAUUAUCAGUGUUUUAUAACCAUAUAAGGAAUUG